ACUGCAGGGUGUUGGACUGCUGCUGCUGUGGGCCAGCGCCUGCCUCUGGCUGCCCGGCCUGGCCCGGGGCGCUCUGGUCAUCUCCGGGGACCAUGAAGCUCUGCAGGAGACAAGAGGAGCUGCCAAAUCACUGCAGAAAAGAAGUACAAAUGAGGCCACGGUGGAGGUGUACAGUAUGAAAGUGGACUGCACUGUGACGUCUCGUUUCGCCCACACUGUCAUUACCUCCAAGGCGCUGAACAAAGCAAACUUCUCCAAGGAAGUCUUCUUUGAAAUGGAGCUGCCCAAGACCGCCUUCAUCACUAACUUCAGCAUGGAAAUUGAUGGUCAGAUGUAUGUUGGGGAGGUGAAGGGGAAAGAGAAAGCCAAGAAACAGUAUGAGAAGGCUGUUUCCUCAGGACAGACUGCUGGACUGGUCAAGGCUUCUGGAAGAAAAAUGGAGAAGUUUUCAGUGUCUGUCAACAUCGCAGCUGAAAGUAACGUGACAUUUAUUAUGACCUACGAGGAGCUCCUUCAGAGGAAACUGGGCCAGUAUGAGAUUCUGACUCGAGUUAAACCCAAACAACCUGUCCAGGAGUUUCAGAUUGUGACAAACAUCUAUGAGCCUCAGGGCAUUUCUUAUGUGGAUGCCAACGCCACCUUCUUCUCCAAUGAGCUGCUCCCCCUGGUGGAGAAACGUGUCACAGGCAACAAGGCACACAUCUCUUUCUCGCCAACCAUGGAGCAGCAGAGGAAGUGUCCAGGUUGUGAUGGAACACUCAUUGACGGAGAUUUUAUCAUCAAGUACGAUGUGAACCGAGCAACGAGCCUCGGAGACAUUCAGAUUGUGAACGGAUACUUUGUGCACUUCUUUGCUCCCCCUGACUUGCCCGCUGUGCCAAAGAAUGUGGUGUUUGUGAUUGACAGGAGCGGAUCAAUGAGAGGAAGAAAGAUUGAACAGACACGAGAGGCAUUGCUGGCCAUCCUAAAAGACCUCAGCGAGGAAGACUACUUUGCCCUUAUCCAGUUUGAUAGCAGUAUUGAUUCUUGGAGAACAUCACUUACCAAAGCAACCAAGGAAAAUGUGGAUGCAGGAAUGGACUAUGUCAGAAUGAUACAAGACAGGGGAUCAACCAAUAUCAAUGAUGCAGUGUUGAAAGGUGUCAACAUGCUGGUCAAAGACAGGGAAGAGAAGAAGCUCCCAGAGAGGAGCGUCGAUAUGAUUAUUUUACUGACUGAUGGAAUGCCAAAUAGUGGAGAGAUUCGCCUUCCUAAGAUUCAGGAGAACAUUCAUUCUGCUAUUGGAGGAAAAAUGUCUCUGUUCUGUCUUGGAUUUGGAAAUGAUGUGGAUUAUUCCUUCCUGGAUGGGAUGAGCAAACAAAACAAGGGAGUGGCCCGCAGAAUUUUUGAGGGUUCAGAUGCAGCUGUUCAACUUCAGGGUUUCUAUGAGGAAGUGGCCAGCACUCUGCUUUCAGAAGUGGACCUGCGUUAUCCUGACAAUGCAGUGGACUCCCUGACUACCAAUCACUACAGCCAGUUUUUUAAAGGCUCAGAGAUCGUGGUGGCCGGUAGGGUGAUGAACAAUGACCUGGACAACUUCAUGGUGGAAGUGUUCGGACAGGGGCUUGAGGAGGACUUCAAGGUGCAGGGCCAGGCCACUGCUGUGGAUUGGGACGAGAUAUACCCAAAUGAGGAGUACAUCUUUGGGGAUUUCACAGAGCGUCUGUGGGCCUACCUCAACAUCCAGCAGCUACUGGAGAACAGCAAGAAGGGUACCGAAGACGAGAAAGCCAAUGCCACAGCCAAGGCACUGGAAAUGUCUCUGCAUUAUAGCUUUGUCACCCCGCUCACUUCCAUGGUGGUCGUCAAGCCUGAAACUGAGGACGGACCAGACAGCCCUUUCAUUGCUGACAAACUGACUGAGGACCAGAGGCAACAAGCAGAAAGAGUGUCACAUCAAUAUACAGCCCCUUCUUAUUCUUACCGGCAACCAGCACAACCCACAUAUUUUGUGGAUGGAGAUCCUCAUUUCAUUAUAGAGCUCCCUGAAAGAGACGACGCACUGUGCUUCAAUAUCAACGGCAUACCAGGAACCAUUUUCAGCUUGGUCAGAGACCCAGAACAAGGUAUUUUGGUCAAUGGCCAGAUCAUCGGAGACAAGAAGAUUGCCCCUGAUGGUAAAAUUAAAUCCUACUUUUGGCGUUUUGGCAUCAUCCACCAGACUCUGGGGGUGAGGCUUGAGGUGAGCACUCAGGACAUCUCGGUGCUCCAGGACGGAAAAUGGGUCAAACUGCUGUGGUCUGAUACAGCUUCUGUCAAAGGACUCAAUGUGGAUCUUCUCUUGACCAAGGAUUGUAGUCUAACAGUAACUCUAAAGGAUUCUGUCAAGUUUGUUGUCCUGCUACACAAAGUGUGGGUGAAUCACCCAUACCACCGGGACUACUUGGGUUUCUACACCCUGGAUAGCCACCUCCUGUCCCCUUCUGUUCAUGGCCUGCUAGGUCAGUUCUACCACGGGAUUGAAUAUGAGGUGUCAGGCCUGCGUCCAGGUGAAGUCCCAGAGAAACCGGACGCCACCAUGUAUGUGAAAGGACAGGAGCUCAAUGUGACCAGAGGCUGGCAGAGAGACUUCCGGAGGGAUGUGAAGAACGGAGAAAAUGUUCCCUGCUGGUUCAUUCACAAUAAUGGAACAGGCCUUAUUGAUGGCGAUGCAACAGACUAUGUUGUGUCAGGCCUUUUUAAAACUGUAUAAAAACAAGUUACACAUCAAGUUACACAUCAAAGUCUAUACAAUAAAUAUUCAAAACUGCCUGUACUUA